GAGAAUAUUACAAUGGCAACAUACACAAUUCAUUAUCACAAUUAACACAGUCUCUAUCGACACUAUUUGGGCUCUGGACUCAACAAUUCUACGCAAUUUUACAUGGGCUGUCGAUGUGACGCAACCUCAUUAUGACUGUGGAAAACAGUAUGGGAACAAGGGUGUGUCAUUAUUAAUGACGUCAGCCAUCUGGGAACCAAUGGCAAACAGCGCAGCUAAACAUCAGCGCUAAGAUGGCGACUAAAUGAUCGACUGUGCCACACCACACUACCGGCACAUACACGAUUAACUAUAGUUUAUGACAGGCGGUACUUUCAAUACACUAAAAAAUACCGAUCUAUGACUUAAAAAUAAACAUCACUGGAAGCUUUUUUAAUACACAAAAUGCAUUCAAAAAAUGUAUUUUUUGGAAAAGUCGUUUUUGUUUUGUUGGGUAUUUAUUGUUUUCUUAUAUGCAAAUCGACCUCAUUUUUAAUCUCUCAUGAAUUUGUUGAUACUUCUUUUGGAUCUUACGAUAUUACAUUAGUAUGCAAAUUAAAAGAAAAAUGCACUUAUUUUGAUUCAUGCAAUAAUAUAACUUCAAUUAUUUAUAAUGGAGAAGCGUUAUACUGCAAUAAUGUAGAAAUACAUUCUCGAACUAAUGCUAAAGGGUUGCCAGUAUAUUUUAAUGGACGAAUUUUGAAAUCAGAAAAAAAAAGUCUUGAAUUUAUUGUUGAUUCUUUUUAUCCAAAUAGUAUAUAUACAAAAAACAAUGUUGAGUACGAAUCAAUUUUUUUCGACAUCUCGUCUAGUAUAACAUAUGAUCGAAGGAACUAUGGACGUACAGAUAUAUUAGCAGAGGGUAAUUCAUUAAAUUUUAAAAACUCUAACAAUGAAAUAUCAUUUAAAAUCGAUUGGAUUCAAGAUGAAACGGUGACAGGGUGUAUAUCAAUGACGUAUUUUAAAGAUGUGGAUAAAUACAACUCACCAACGCCAACUUCUUUUAUAAAAAUAUAUCAAGAUGACACAUCAUUAGAAGAAUUUAUGCUAAAAAAUACAGGCAACGAGUUUAAAACAUUAAUAAUGAAAUUUAAUAGACCAUUUGAAAAAAAUAAAAAAUAUUACUUAACUAUUACUAAUGAUAAUUACAAUAGUUAUUCAGCACUUGGCAUAAAACGAAUUGCUCAAUGUAUAGAUUACGGCAAAGUAGAAGAUGUAUAUGAAAUACACGGCACAGAAAUAAUUGAGUCAACUUCUAUUGUAAAUAUUUAUCCAAGUAUCACUCGAGAAAUGGCUGCCAGUACCUAUUCACCUAAAGAAUGCGGCAAAAAUAAAUAUGGUGCUGAUUGUACUGCUUGGUGUUCACAAAAGAAGACUUUUUGUCAGAAUAUGUUGUUCUGCACAAAUAAUCAUAGAUGUUCAUGUGCAGCUGGAUAUACUGGACCUUUAUGCAAUCAAGAAUGUCCUGAAGGAACUUACGGUCACGGAUGUCAAAAAAUAUGUUCAAACAAUUGUAAAACUCAAUGCGAUAAUAUUUUAGGAACUUGUAAAGAAGGAUGUAAAAAUAAUUUUAUUAUGCCGUAUUGUAUUGAAAAAUACCCAGUUCUAAUCGAACCGCCUAAAUUAGAAUUUUCAGAUUUUCAUUCAAUAAAAUUAAUUUUAAAUUUAAGAAUUGAAAAUAUCUUGGGAAGCAAAAGUAAAAUUCCAUCUUUUUAUCAGAUAGUUUAUAAGCCAAUUUCAAGUGAAUUAGAUUUCCAGUAUUCACCAAUAAAACCCAUAAAUACUUUUCUUCUUAAAGACAAAAUAAGCAAUUUAGAAGCAGCAACAAUGUAUACGGUUGGUGUAAUAUUGAUUGCAGAAGACGGAAAUUCAAACAAAGAUGAUAUAAACACUGCUAACUAUUUCACAAAAUGCUUUAAUCCAAAAAAGAUUAACUACGAAAUGAAACUUGCCGCAGGAGCUGACAAUAUCACCGUAACUUGGGAAAAAUUAAGGAAAAGCGAUGCUAAUGAGUGCAAUAUCACAUCAUAUAUUUUAAAAUUAAUGUCUAAUUUAACUCGGAAUGAAAAUUCAGUAUUUCAAGAGGAGGUACUAAUUAAGGAUAAUGAAUACGUUUUUAAUAAUUUAAUACCAUCUCAUACGUAUGCUGUACAAUUAAUAGGACAAACGAUUUUGGGUACAAUAAAUGUUCCAGAUGUAAAAUACGCGACUACAGAAACUUUUGGAUUCAUUGAUAUUGAAGACAUUUCAGUGUUGUUGGGUCAAAACUCAGACAACUUACUUUUAAAAUGGAAACUAAGCGAACUAAUAAAUUCAGAAAUAAGUUAUAUAAUUAAAUACAAGGUAAAUCGCCAUUUUAGUUGUUCAAACAAUAUUAUAAACAAUGACUGGAAAGAAAUUAUAGUACACAAUGUUACUGAAUACUAUUUGUUCGAUCUUAUACCAAACUCCCAAUACAUCAUCAAAGUGGAGCCUAUUACAAAUGGUUAUAAUUAUAGUGAUAAUGAAAACAUUAUAUAUGCGAUGACUGCGCCUUCAACACCACGAACUUCUCCUGUGUUAGACAAUAAUGGUACAUUUUAUGUGAGUAACCAAACGGCAACAAUAAAAUGGCUAGUAGAUAAAAAGCAAUGUGUCAAGGUCAAUGGUCUUCAAACAGGAUUUUAUUACAAAUUAAAG